UAGAUAUCGUAUACCAUACGACGUGCACAUACAUUUCGAAGGUUGCCAGAAGCACACCAGAGAAAAAAAAAGAGAUGAAAGAUCGGAUUGAGCGAUAUGUGGUACUGCCAUUUUCAUUGGGUUGUUCAACGCAGUCCAGCGUCGCAGUGGUUGAUACUCAUCAUCAACACAAGAAACGAAACCGUUACAGAUCGUUGGGUUGUUCAACGCAAGCCAGCGUUGACGUGGCUGAUACUAAUCAUCAACACAAGAAACCAAACCAGCUCAUCAAGAAAAGUGAUGCAAAUGGCUUGUUUCAAAAAGAGAUAGACAACAACAACUACGGUGAUAAUAUCUCAGACAAAAUUAUUCGAAGCUUCAAGAGUUUUUCUCACUAUUUCAUUCGUUACGAAGAGGAGAGGGAAGAAGGAGCGGAGGAGAUGGAGAUAGGGUUGCCAACGGAUGUGAAGCACUUGAGCCACAUCGGAAUUGAUGGAACCAUGACCACUUUUGACUCAUCUUUUCCAUUCCCCGGUUUUCAUCUCGCUGCCGUCUGA